UUUGACGGGCGUGUGUUUGGUGGAAUUUAGUGGAAUUAAUUUUUAUUUGGUCUUCCUGUCCUUCAUAUUUCCAAGUCGUCAAACUGGUAAAAGCAAACUGUUUGCUUAUUAAUUGCGUAUACGUAAUAAAUAUUGAGUUAUCGCAUAAUUGUGUGGAACAUAAACGUGAUAUAUUAGAUUACCUUGCAAAGUCCUACUUAAUUACACAUGUUUACUAAGGAAGAUGACAAUUCUGGAGAAUGAUGUGAUUUCUAUGCGCAGCAAAUUAUCUCUGUCGAAGAACAAGUACAAGACCGGUGAGAGUUUGAAAAGAAAGUUUGUGUACGAAGACAGUUCGGUGCCGUUGCCCAAAAAGCAGGCAUUUGACAUGAACGGCUAUCGCACGGAGCAGAAACGAAACGGGGAGGCUGCGCAAGAAUCUCCCGUUUCCACUCUGUCCAACAUGGGCAACACGUGCUUCUUGAACAGCGUUUUGUACACGUUGAGGUUCGCGCCGACGUUUCUGCACAAUUUGCACCAUCUAAUCGGCGAUUUGGCGCUUAUUAACUCGCGGUUGAGUCAGAACAAAGGUAAGACGUCAUCGUUGGGGAGGAAUGUCAGUGCCAUCACCGGGCCCAGUUCCAGGAGCACCAGCAGUAAAGAUUUGCUGUCCCUAGGUAGUGACGUUGUGCCGAAGACUAAGGUGCAGAUUGUCACUGAGAAGUUGCACGAGUUGUUCAUAACGAUGCAUAAUUUGGAGGGUAAGGAUUCGAGCGAGGCCUACCAACCUGUUGCGUUACUGCAGGCGGUACGAGACGCGAAUUCCAUAUUCGAAGGUAACCAUCAGCAGGAUGCGCACGAGUUGCUGGUGUACCUGCUGGAUAACAUCAGGGAAACUUGUGAUUUACUCACUCAACAAGUUCAAAGUAAUCCUGUGUUACUGAAUGAAACUGAACCCCUUUCUACAAGUAAGGUGAGCAACAACAGCAAACUGUGGAGCGUGCGGAGGUCGUGGAAGAAAAACUACAAAAAAAAAGACAAAGAACCGAUCUCGGAGGAGGAGAACGGUACCAGCACCACCGACAACGACGACAGCAACUCCGUCGACGGCAACGGCGACGCGAACAAGAAAAAGUUGGGUUACAACUUCGUGGCGGAAGAUUUCGAAGGCAUAACGCUGCGGCGCACCAAGUGCUUGGAGUGCGAGAGCGUUACAGAAAGAAAGGAACCGUUUUAUGAUAUUCCGGUACCGAUUUCGCCGAAAGAAGACGAUUUGGAUGAGAGUUUAACCGCGAGUGAUAUUUACCGUAGAGCUUGUGUUACAACGGAGAAAUUGUGCGAGUCUAAUAAGUAUUUGUGCGAGAAGUGUAAGAGAUAUAAUGAGGCGAGUCGCGAGGUUCUUUUCGAGAAACUUCCGAACAUAAUGGUGUUACAGUUGAAGAGGUUUACGACUACAUCGGCGGGGGUUCAGAAGGUUAAUACGUUUCUCCCCACGCCUUUGGAGUUGGAGUGUUUUUGCGAGGGUUGUUGUAAGGUUUACGAGAAUGAAGAGGACGAAGAUAAACCUCGGCACCGUUACCAGUUGUGCUGCGUUAUAAUGCAUUUGGGCGGUACCAUGGCUUCUGGGCACUAUAUAGCUUAUGUUAAGGCUUCCCACCAUUUAGAGGAUUACGCGGACUGCUCGCGGGAUUCCCCGAAAGGGAGUCUCUCGGCGAGUUCUAGCGAGAAGUCGCUGAACAUCCUCAAGUACUUGAAACCGCGCGGGAUGAUCUCGAACUCUCUGGAGAAGAACGUGGGGGGGGUGCGCGUGUGCAAGAGCGCGGAGUGCUGCGGCGUGAAGCUGAGCAGGAACGCGGCGAACAGCUGCGCGUGGCUCGAGUGCGACGACGAGAACGUGCGGCCGAUCGGCUCUAGGGAGUUGGAGGAGGAGCUGGGCUUCAAGCCCAACUCGACCUCUACGCCGUACUUGCUGUUCUACGCGAAGAUCACCGACCCCUUCGAGUGAUUUCGCCGGCGGAAAGGUCGUUUCGUCGUCGGCGAGUGCGGCGGUUUUUUCGGGGAUUUUUGUGAUAUCGCGAGUUGAGUCGGGUGGUCGACUUGUUCUUGCUCGUCGAGUAGGUUUUAUUUUGUUUAAUGCGGCACGAAAAAAAUGUAAAGAUUAGUGGAGGUUGCUUUGGAACGCCACCGAAAAUCGACGUUUGGUUUGUAUUGCACAUAAAAAUUAAACGAAAAGUGGUAAAAAUGUAAUUUUAUGGAACAAUAAAAAAUUGAUUACAAAAGUUGAUGGUACCUUAGUAUUUGAUAUUUUAAGUCUGAAGACUGAAGAAAAGAUGCAUCUUUUUUAGUUUCCAAAAGUGACAAGUUUUUAAUAUAAUUUUUCCAUAACAAUCAUCAAUUUGUCGUUAAAAAAUAACGUUUCUUCAUAUUUUUCCAAAAAAACUGAGAAUUUCUGGGACGUACCAUUUUACAAAAAAAAAUAUCAUUGAGAUUUUUUUAAUUGAAAAAACAAGUCCCAACUAUCGCAAAAUGAUCAUAUCGGACAACAUAACUAAACAUAUAAAAGUAAAUAAAUACAAUAUUCAACAUGAAUAGUAACAAAGGCUUUUUACAUUCUCUGGGAGUUUGUUGUAAAGUCUGUACCCUUGGCGACACCGAGUUGGUGUUUUAUCCUCAUUUCUUCAUAUUUCGUUCUGUCUCUUUCCAGGUCUACUCGUCCUCGCCCUCUAAUAUUAUGUUCAUGUGGACGGCUUUCUAAAGGUUACUUCUUCAUCCUGUAUCUCCUUUGUUACGAUCUUGUGCGCCAAUUUGGGAGUAUCUAAUGGUCUCAGUCCGAUAUUCAGUUGUUGGGUGUUCUUAUAGAGUUGCUCAGUAGGUGGUAUUUGUCCAUUCUGUUCAUGAUUUCGUUUUGAUUCGUUGUAAGGAUUUUUUCGGGGUUUCAUUUGCGGUAGCCCAAAAAGAUUUAAGAUAUGACGGUUGGAUUUUAAUAUAAGUAUCAUAAACCAAUAAUCUUUGAGGUGCGUUGUGGUUAUUUUGUAUUUAAAGUUUCAGUGAGCUUCCGGUUUAGUUCAAUCCCACGGAUUUGUUGUUACUUCCUUUAAACUUAAAAAUAUGUUACCUUUAUCGAAAAUCGUCAAUUUUAAUAAAUGUCUUUUGACUUAAGAUUUAAGAUUCUUGUUUGGAUGUUUUUUUCUACACAUUUAUAAAAUAUCCAAACAAUUCUCAGUUUAGUCGCGUUUUUGAAUAUUUUUUCCAACCCAUUAUCAAAAAUUGUCAAUGUUACCUAGUAAAAUUUAGACUUGUUUUAUUUUUGGAAGCGUAACUAUUUCAUUUUUACUUUUUUGAUGAUUAAUUUUUUCAAAACAAAAUUUAUUAAACAAAUAGAUUAGAAAUAUUCCCCAAUAUCAAAACAAAACACAAAGCACUGUGUUUUGUUUUGGUGUUGGGGAAUAUUUCUAAUAUUUGUGUAACAUAUCACCAAAGUUGUCCUUUUUUAAGUAACAAAGUUUAUUGAAAACGUUUCAGGAACUUUUUCCUCAUUUUGCAAAAAAAAUCAUUAAAUGUAUGAUUUUUGGCAUAUAAAGCGUUUAAAAAUUUCUUACUACAAAAAAUUUUAAAAAAUCCACAAAUUGUUUUUUUUCAAAAUCAAGAUACCUACGUAUUUAUUGUUUUGAAAAAAUCUAAAAAAUUUAAAAAAAAAUAAUAAUAAAAAUCUGAAAUGUAUAGGAGACUUAUUAAAAACAUAUUUUUUGAGUCAAUUUUUUGAAUGAUUAAAUUUUAUUGAAAAUAUUUUCAUUGAAAAAGAUUAUGAUUUUGAUGUUCUAAAAAUUAGGUACUUUUACACUUUUUAAAAUUGUAAAUUUUUGAAUAAUGUUCAAAACACAAAAAAUAUUUAGAAAUAAACAGCUGUGUGGAUCAAGUUUAAAAGUGGGAAAAAAAUUAUUUUUUUUUGAUCAUUUUUGAUAAAAAGUAUCAUCCAAUAAAUAACAUAUUUGUACAGGGUGAUCCCCUAUAAUGUCGCCCCCCUUUAACUUUUUUAUUUUAAGUGUCCCAAAAAAUUUAAAAGUGU